GAUCCCGUAGAGCUCUCAACUGCGAAGAUCAUCAUGGAGGGACUUUUCACCCUGCUCGCUUUGAGCAUUGUGAUGGCAAUAACAUCUUUUGUUGUCGGCUCAUUACCUCUCGCUUUUACGCUCUCCCCGUCUCAACUCCGAUUGAUAUCGUCUAUUGGCAUGGGCGUUCUGGUGGGAACGUCUUUGAUCGUGAUCAUCCCAGAGGGCAUUGAAACUCUUUACAGCGCGAACUCUCUAAGUCGUAAACAACACAAUGCGCGGGCUACCGUCGUCGAAUGGCAGCACCAGGCCCCAGCCGUGGCAACUACCUUUGGCGCCAACGGAGAAAGCGCCUCGAACCCACCGUCCGAUACCCCUGUCACAGGUCUGCUUUCGGAACGAGACCAACUCUCCGGAGAGUCGCAAACAAUUUAUGUGCGGAAGGAGGAUUCGACGAGUGAAACUUCGGACAAAGAAUCAACCCACGAAGACGAGGAGAGUUCCCCGCAUGCGUGGGUUGGAAUUGCGCUUAUCAGUGGGUUCAUCUUGAUGUACCUCGUGGACAAAUUGCCCGAAUUUGCGGCGCCCACUAAGGUCGAACGGACGCCUUAUCAUAUCUCAUUGGAUAAUCUCGGCUCGGGGCUGCGACGGGGCUCUACUGCCUCGCGCGAGGGUGGCCUACUUGAUGCACAAUACGCCUCAAGACGUGGACAUAGCUUUGCGACCACGACUGGCCUCGUGAUCCAUGCUGCGGCGGACGGCAUCGCUCUAGGUGCUUCCAGCUCCGAUUCCGGGCUCAGUUUUAUCAUCUUCUUGGCGAUUAUGGUGCACAAGGCCCCGGCGUCCUUUGGACUGACCUCUGUCUUACUCAAGCAGGGACUAUCGAGUCGCACCGCGAGAGCGCACUUACUGGUCUUUAGUCUUGCGGCUCCCCUGGGUGCUUUGGCCACUUUCCUCUUUGUACAGAUGAUGGGGUCCUCCAGCGCUGAUGAGGCAGGUACUCACUGGCGCACUGGAAUGCUCCUUCUUUUCUCGGGAGGCACCUUUUUGUAUGUUGCUAUGCACACUAUGCAAGAAAACGGCCCGGGCUCGUCCCCGCGUGAACUUCCUAUCAACGGAUACGGUGAUCGAGACCAGGAUGGAUCUGACAAGUCGAUGAGAGACUUGAUUGCAUCCGUUUUGGGCAUGACCUUGCCGCUAUUCUUGCAGAUUGGACAUGCUCAUUGA